UGUUCUCCACUCACAAGAUGGCGCCUCCCGUCGGCAGCAGCAGCGUCUCUUCGUCACUGCGGUGGUAAAGUGUCAGUUAGCUCCUUCAGUCCUGACCCAGCAGAGUCUCUGUAUGUCUGGAUAAACCUCUGAAUGGACUUCUAGAGGUUCUCCUUUGGUUCUGGAUGUUGUUCCUCGGACUCAUCUCCCGCUACAAAGACAUUGAAGUUAGCUUAGCAUGCUAACAGCGCUAGUCCCAGUUUAAAGGAGAGGAACGGGCUUUGUGACGGACUUUGUGUGGAGAAAACGUUUCUGUCGUUGGGGGGAAAUGUCUAAAGUCCAAAUGCUGAGAUGUUUCGUCAACCAGCGACUCACUGCGGCUGCGCAGGAGAUAUGUGGGCUGUUUGAAAGAACGAUAGCAGAGUACGAGGAGGAACUUUGUAGUUCUCAAGAGGAGAACGAGCGACAAAAGAAACUGCUGGACGCCGUGUUCAACCCGGAAGUCCGGAUACACCGAGCAGACGUCCAGCAGGUGGUGAAAGAUGAGGUUCCCCCUGAGCAGGACUGGAGCUCCAGUCUGGACCAGCAGGACCCAGAGCCCCCACACAUUAAGGAGGACCAGCAGGACCCAGAGCCUCCACAUCUUAAGGAGGACCAGCAGGACCCAGAGCCCCCACUCAUUAAAGAGGACCAGGAGGACCUCUGGACCAAUCGGGAGGGAGAGCAGCUUCAAGGUCUGGAGGCCCUGAAGAGUGAAGAUGAUGAAGAGGAAGCUCAGUCCUCUCAUCUUCAUCAAAGACUAACUGAACACAUGGAAACAUUAGAGGAUGGAGAGGACUGUGGAGGACCAGAACCUGACAGGAAGUCAGGACCAGACAGGAAGUCGGCUCCAGGUAGAAGGAUGUCGCCUCUCCAGCUCUACAGUUGGGACAUGGCCUCUCAACGUUACGAGCAGGUAACUGAGGUGAGUGUUGGCUGGACUCAGGGCAGUGAACCUCCGCCAGAUUUAAACUUAAUGAAAAAUAAUGAGAAUAAUUACGUGAAACCGUAUCGCUGCUCUACAUGCGGGAAGCGAUUCAACCAAAACUCAAACCUUAAGACGCACAUGAGGACUCACACGGGGGAGAAACCCUUCAGCUGCGCCACGUGUGGCAAGCGCUUCGGCCAGAAGGCUCACCUGCAGAAUCACCUGAAGUGUCACACGGGGGAGAAACCCUACGGCUGCUCCUGCUGCAGUAAAUGUUUUUCACGCAGUGAACACUUGCAGCUGCACAUGAGGACGCACACGGGGGAGAAACCGUUCGGCUGCACCAUCUGUGACAAAAGGUUCACGUGGCUCGGUCAGCUGAAAAGCCACAAGUGUCGUGAACUGUGGACCGGACAGGGAGGGGAGGGGCUUCAGGGCCCGGGGUGUUCUCGCACCACCGAGCCUCCGAAGAGCGAAGAUGAUGAAGAGGUUCCUCAGUCCUCACGGCUUCAUCUGAGACACAGAGAGGACUGUGGAGGACCGACCAGGAACUCUGAGCCAGAGAGUCUGGAGUCACAUGCACUGCUAUCAAGCUCAUUCAUUGGACAGUUCUGGUGACGUCGCCGUUCACUCUGUUUUCACUUCACUAGAAAUGUUCCGGAACAUUCAUCAAGGGAGAAACACUCGAGUCCGUUAGCGUUUAGCCGGUAAAAGUCCUGCAUUGAAAAUGUUCCUUCAGUUUCAUCAUUAUGGAGCCGGCUGGGAGGGAGCCGAUGAGCCGAUGCGAGAGCGGGGGUUCCGAACUCCGCUCCCCUCGUUACACCUGGCAAAUGUCCGCUCUCUGCCCAACAAAAUGGACGAACUGCUGCUCCUCAACAAAAUAAACAGGGAUUUAUCAGGAUCUUCUGCCCUGUGUUUCACUGAAACAAGUCUCUGUGAGUACAUCCCAGACAGCAUCCUCCACCUGCCGGGCUUCCAACUCCACCGCGCGGACCGCGUUAAGGAAUUAGCGGGGAAAACAAGGGGAGGAGGAGUCUGCUUUUAUAUCAACGAAAGUUGGUGUACAGAUGCCACAGCGCUAUGGAAAAUAUGCACUCAUCUAGAAUCCAUAUCCAUAAACUGCAAGCCAUUUUAUUCACCGCGGGAGUUUUCCUCCUUUAUUCUUGUCGGUGUCUCCAUACCACCUCAAGCCUGCGUCAGCGAGGCACUCCGGCACCUCGCUGACCAGAUAACCAGCACGGAGCGGAAACACCCAGACUCUCUUCUGAUUAUCCUUGGGGAUUUCAACCAAGCAAAACUCAGCCGCGAACUUCCGAAAUACAGGCAGCACAUUAAGUGUCCCACCAGGGACAAAAACACACUCGACCACUGCUACACGAUCCUGAAGAACGGAUACCGCUCUGUUUCCCGUGCAGCUUUGGGACUCUCUGAUCACUGCCUGGUUCAUCUCCUCCCAAGCUACAGGCAGAAACUUAAAUCUGCAAAGCCUGUGGUGAAAACCGCGAAGAAAUGGACCAACGAGUCGAAGCUGGAGCUACAGGCCUGCUGUGACUGCACUGACUGGAGUGCCUUUGAGGCUGCAUCCACAUCACUUGACGAACUCACUGAAACUGUGACGUCAUAUAUCAGUUUUUGUGAAGACAUGUGUGUACCCACCAAAACGUACUGCAUCUUUAAUAACAAUAAACCGUGGUUCACAGCAGGGCUCAGGCGGCUUCGUCAAGACAAAGAGGAGGCCUUCAUGAGUGGGGACAGGUGUACAACCAGGCCAGAAACACAUUGACUCAGGAGAUCAGAGGAGCAAAGAGAAGCUACUCUGAAACGACCCAGCGUCAGUGUGGAGAGGCCUGCGGGACAUCACCAACUAUAGGAAACCCUCCCCCCACUCCAUGGAGAGACGAUCUGAAUGUGUUUUACUGCAGGUUUGAUCACCCCACAUUCACACCCCUCACCCGCUCCAAUCAGACCUCACACAGUCAUCUGCAUCCCCUGUUAUCACCUCCCCCUGACCCCCCACUGACGGUCUGUGAAGAGGAUGUGAGACAGAAGACGAGGAAGGCAGCAGGCCCAGACGGUGUGUCACCCUCCUGUCUGAUCAUCUUCACACGGAUCUUCAACAGGUCUCUGGAGCUGUGAAGUCCCUCCUGCUUCAAACGCUCCACCAUCAUCCCGGUUCCCAAAACAUCCUCCAUCCCUGGGCUGAAUGACUACAGGCCCGUCGCCCUGACGUCUGUGGUCAUGAAGUCCUUGGAGAGACUGGUCUUGACCCAUCUGAAGGGCAUCACAGGCCCCCUGCUGGACCCUCUGCAGUUUGCCUCCCGGGCAAACAGGUCAGUGGAUGAUGCAGUCAACAUGGGGCUGCACUCCAUCCUGCAACACCUCCACUCCCCAGGGACCGAUGAGGAUGCUGUGGACUUCAGCUCAGCGUUCAACACCAUCAUCCCCAGCCCCCCCUCACCGUACUCAAUAACACUGUGUUGGCUGUGGAAUCCUUCAGGUUUCUGGGAUCCACAAUCUCCCGGAACCUGAAGUGGGAACCUAACGUCAACACAAUCAUCAAGAAGGCCCAGCAGAGGAUCUACUUCCUGCUCCAGCUUAGGAAGUACAACCUGCCUCAGCAGCUGCUGACCAUGUUCUACACCGCUGUUAUAGAGUCUGUUCUGAGCACUUCAAUCACUGUCUGGUUUGGAUCGGCCACCAAACUGGAUCAGAACCGACUCCAACGGACAGUCAGGUCUGCAGAGAAGAUCAUCGGUGCCAACCUGCCCACCAUCCAAGACCUGUACACCUCCAGUCAGGAAACGGGCAGGAAAAAUCACGGCAGACUCCUCCCACACGGACACUAACUAUUCAAACUCCUCCCCUCUGGUAGACGCUACAGAUCACUGCUCGCCAAAACCUCCAGACACAAAAACAGUUUCUUCCCCCUCGCCGUCUCACUACUAAACAAUAACCCACUGGAGCAUAUAUAUUUAUCCCUUCUCUUCUCGCACUCUCCACUUCUUCUUGUAUAUACUGAAGUCACUUUACUUCUUAGACCGUUGCACUGUUUGUUCUGUUUGUUCUGUUCUGCACUACUUGUUUUGUUUGUUCUGUGUUGUAAUGUACAUUUUGUGUAAGCACAGAGACACUUUACCAAGACAAAUUCCUUGUUGUGCAAACUACUUGGCCAAUAAAACUGAUUCUGAUGAG